AUGCUUGAGGCCAAAUUCGAACAAGCUGCUUUCUUCAAAAAGAUUAUUGAUGCUUUCAAAGAUACCGUUCAUUUGUGUAACUUCAACUGCUCACCAAGUGGUAUCACUGUCCAGGCCGUUGAUGACUCCCGUGUUCUCUUAGUCUCUCUUUUGAUUGGUGAGGAUUCAUUCACCAGUUAUAGAUGUGAUCACAACAUCACCUUGGGUGUUGACCUCACGGCCUUGGCUAAAGUGUUGAAGUGUGGUAACAACGACGAUACUCUGAGCUUGGUUGCUGAAGACACACCGGAGUCUGUUCUCAUUGUCUUUGAAGAUACACAAAAGGAUAGAAUCUCUGAGUACUCUCUUAAACUCAUCGACAUUGAAUCCGACUUCCUCGAUAUCGACGAUAUCGAAUACGACUCUGUGGUUAACUUGCCAUCUUCAGAUUUCCAAAAGGUUGCCAGAGAUUUAUCACAACUCUCUGAUUCCUUGGCCAUUGUCGUCACAAAGGAUACCAUCAAAUUCGAAGCCAAUGGUGAUAUCGGUACCGGUUCUGUGAUUCUUAAACCAUUUACCGAUUUGGAGAAUCCACAGAACACCGUGAAAGUUGAGUUGAACAAGCCUGUCUUGUUGAGUUUUGGUUUGAAGUACCUCUUGGAUGUUGUUAAGGGGUCCUCAUUAGCUCCUGCAAUGAGCGUUAAGCUUUCUGAAAAGACACCGGCACUGUUUGAGUACAAGUUGCCAUCUGGUUAUCUUCGCUUCUACUUGGCUCCAAAGUUCGAAGAGGAAGAGUGA